GUUUGCGACAUCAAUUAGAGGAGGAAUAUUUUUGACAAGUUAAUUUCUCUGUAUUUUCACCCUGAUAUGUGAGAUCUACAGCAGUAUGAUACUAUUAUAAUGGUACACUAACACCCAAGGCUCAACAUGAUCAAGUUUGUUUUAGGAUUUGGUGUUCUAGUCAUUCUAUUUUCGACUGCGAAUGCUCAAUAUGAUGACAUCAGGUGUAAAUGUGUCUGCCCACCUCAGGACAUAGUGAAUGGAACAGAAACAACAGGAAGAAAAGUAUAUACUAAAAAUAUAACAGAGCCUGUUGACUGUAAAUGUGAAAAUGUUGUAGUCCCACUGCCACUGAAAGUGAAUGAAUUCUGCCCAAGGUGUCAGUGUAAAUGGCAACGCAGAAAUACUACCACCAUAAAGGUGAUUGUGAUAAUAAUCAUAUGUAUAGUGUCAAUCCUGUUCCUCUACAUGUUAUUCCUAUUGUGUCUGGACCCAUUACUGAACAGAGGCUCGAGGUUGAAUGCCUACCAAGAACACACCAAUCAAGAUGGAGUUGAAGAGGGAAGUCGUGGUGAAAACUAUUUGGAUGACCACUCAGUGCAUCGUGUAUCUAUGAAUGCCCCACCUGGGGCCAGUGCAACAGGUGGCACCACUAGGCCUCGCUCUCAGCAGGCAAUUCGUGUGGCAAAAGAUAUCAAAAACCAACAAGUACGAUGGAAAGGUUCGGUGGAAGAACAGAGAGCGAAUGUAUAUGACAGACAUAGCAUGUUAAACUAGGAUGAUUAUUAAGAAAAU